AUGUUGAAUCAGUCUCUCCUGGCGAACCGUCGCAGCGUGGCUCGUCUGCUGCUACUCCUUCAGGAGGAGAACCUGCAGCAGGAGUCACUCCUCCACCUGCACUGGGAGGACUGUCUGAGCCGCUGGAGGAGGAGUCGGGUCAUCGAGGUUAUAGACCGCUUCAGGAGGCUCUGCUGCAGUGACGAGGAGCAGCAGCUGGUCUCAGGUCAGGUGGACUCAGGUCAGCUGGUCUCAGGUCAGCUGGUCUCAGGUCAGGUGGACUCAGGUCAGCUGGUCUCAGGUCAGCUGGUGAUGCAAGACCUGACAGGACAACGUGAUGACAUCAUCUCUAAGAUCAGCUCUCUGGUCCCGCCCUCCACUGCUCUGGUCUCUGAUUGGUCAAACCAGCUGACAGCCGUCAAUCAACAGAUCGACAGUCUCCACACUGACUUCCUCCAUCAGCUGCGGUGCUGUUAUGAACAGAAGUGGCAGGAUCGACUGGCUGAGGUGGAGCGCUGUAAGGAGGCGCUUUCUGCUCUGCAGCUGGCUGAGGAGGAGGUGAACAACAUCGUCAGCUCUCAGCUCCUCAUUCUGAUUGGACAACACCAGAGACAAGAUGAAGAGCGAUUGGCUGCUUUAGAUCUGUGUUGUGACUCUGUGGCCCGUCACGCCUUCAGUAUCAGCAGGUGUGUGUUUGUUGUGAUGCAUGGAGCAGCGUUGCAAUGGGAGACACACAACCACAGGUUAGAGAGGAAGAAGGAAGACCUACAACAACACCUGGACGACCUCAGACACACACAGCAGCAACACAUACAGAGGAAGAAGGUGCGUCUGGACGACCUGCUGAGACAACUCCGGCAGGAGGGCAGUGAGGAGGCUCUGAAGAGGUCUCUGGACAAAACUGUCCACUACCUGCAAGAUGUCAAAUCCAGCUGUGGACAGUGUGUCUCUGAUCAGUGGGAGGUGUUGAAUCGUCUCCCCUCAGUCCUCCUGGAGGAGCUCCUCUCCUACAGCAGCAGCCUCAGCUCUUUCUUCCACCUCGACCACACCUACAAACCGAGUCCAGAAGAAUUGCAGAAGCUCCACCCAUCAUCCACCCUCUCCACCCAGUCAGAAACCAGUGGCGGAGCUGAAACACAGAAACCAGAGGAGACGACACAGAGUCGUCCAAUCAGAUGUCAGAAUGACACUGACCCCGCCCAGCCCUCUCAGGAUUGGCUGACUGAGGCGGAGUCCUCUCUCCUGGAUCUCUGUGACACCAGUAGUGAUGUCACAUUUACAUCACCCAGUGGUGUGACCUAUAGUGGCCCCACCUUCAGAUGCCCCACCCUCAACCUGCAGCAGAAAACUCACCUGAGUCUGUUUCCUGUGGAGCUGCUCACAGACAACCUGAACAGGAUGAGGACUCUGUUCUUUGAUCACCUGGAGCAGCGUUUCCAUGAUGUACUCAGCUGGGGCGUUGCCACGGUUACAGACAGGAAGGAGGUGGUGCGUUUGGAGCAGGAGGUCCAACUGCAGCAGCUGAACCCUGAACACAUCGAGAACCACAUAUACCAACAACGACUGGCUGAGCUGCAGCUCCACAGACAGCAGGUGGACACUCACUGUGAGGAGGUGUCAGCUGUGUUGGACUCCUGCAGGGAGGAGCUGCAAGAGCUGCAGACCUCCAUCAGCAGGAGGAACCAGGAGUUCACUGUCAGUCUAUCCAACAUGGAGGAGGAUAACCAGUCAGCUGACAGCCGUCAAUGGCUGGAGGCUAUUAGCUCUGCCCUGCAAGACUGUCUGGAUCAACAUAUUAAAGACACCCAGCAGAUUCAGACAUACUUCAGACGGAGCGUCCAGCUCAGACUGCAGGAGGUCAGAAACAAAACGACACACCUCCUCACCUCCUUCAGGCUGUUCAGUGAAGGAGGAGACUUUGCUCCUCAGGAGGUGAAGCAGUUCCAGAGGAGGCUGAAGGAGGAGACCAGACAGAUGAGGGUGACAGAGGAGUCCAUCUUCUCUGAGCUGGAGCUGUUUGAGUCUCAGAGUUUACAGCAGAUGAAGGAGGCAUCUGGACGGGUGGAGGAGAAACUGUCCCUGCUCAGGUCUGAGCUGGAGUUCACGGAGGAGAUCCAGAAGAUCAGCAGCAGCACACGAAUUCAAAUCAAGGCACAGGUACCUGUGUGUACAGAUCAGGUGUGUCGUCUCCUGUCCUCAGUCAGUGAAGACCUCAGGAGGCGGAGUCAGUAUCUGGACAUCUCAUUGGAGUCCACCCUGCAGGAACGUCGCUCAGCUUGUCAUAAAUCCAGGACGCAGGUCUGCUCCGCCCUUCCUCAGACGAGCAGGACGGCUGUGGACAUCCUCGAAGACCCUUUGGUGGACGUUGUCAAGUCUCUGAGCUGGUUGAGUCUGAUCCAGGAUCCAGAGGGAGCAGAGAGAGCGCCAGCUGCUGGUCAGAGUCCAACUGUCCCACAUGUCCAACAGAGAGGGACAGAGUCUGUCAACACACUGAGUGUGAAGAGGAGCUGCAGGUCAGCCAGGUCUAACAGGAGGUUCCAGGUGUUUGGAGCAGAACCAGAGAAGAACCCACACUCCCUCAGCUCCACCCUGAACUCUGUGUUGUGGAAAGCCAGUGAUGUCCUCCUGCAGGUUGCCAAGGACUUCUACCGCUGCGAUCGUUGUGGUCUCAGCAAGUUCUUCCUGGUUCCUGACAGUUUGGACCAAUGGGCUGACAGCAUGCAGCAGAGGCUGCUGGGAUUCCAGGAGCAGACCAGGAAGUUUCUGAGCACAAGCAGAGAGGAGUUGGAGACUCAGCUGUCCAUGUUUGAGGAGCUGCUUCACUCUUUACCUGCAGUUUUGAUCAGUAACCAUGAGCGACAGCAGGUGGCAGGGCUUAUAGAGGAGGUGGGCAGAGUCAGACUGAAGAUGGAGGAGAUGCUGGCGUCCAGCGAGGAGCAGAAGCGUGUGAAUAUCCGUCAGCUGAGAGUGUCUCUCAGAAAUGACGAGUUUCAGAGUCUGAACAGCAGAGAGGAGCUAAGACAGCAGCAGCUGCACAGUGCCGUCUGCAGCACACACCAGGAACUACAGGUGUGUGUGCGAGCCAGAGGGGAGGAGUUUGUCACAUCAUUGGCGUCUCUCACAGAGCAGCUGCUCUCUCAGCUCAACCUCCUGGUCACACCUGAAGAAACAGAGGCACACAAGCACCAAGACACCGCUGUUACCAUUGAGACGGGAGCUGAAACAGGACGGAAACCCUGCACGGUCAGCGGGACCUGGCCUGGUAUCCCGUACCUGUUGCCAUCCAGUGUUACCAUGGCAACAACAGCAUCCAUCACCACGACCAGGUGCACCGUGGGACAUCUGGCUGUCAUCGAGCAGAGAGAUGCUGCUGUGAAGCGGUUCGAGCAGAUGGUCAGGUCGGAGCUGUCUCGUUCAGACGACGACAAACGAAGACGACUGAGUGAAAUACACACCUGGAACACACACUGGAGACAGCAGAUACACACUCUGACACACACACACACACACACUAACACACACACUAACACACUGACACACACGCUGUGUAAGCUGAAGUGUGAUGGCAGCAGCUGAUUGGCUGUUUGCAUUGUAGAUUGUGAUGUCAUCAGCUGUGUUGAUGUUUGUUAAUAAACA